AUGGAAUCAUUCUUGACACGAUAUCUUCACGGCAAUACUACCCAAGUGCACGUUCGUGGAAGUUCUUUUGGGCCUGAUGAUAGCCCUUCUAGAAAGCAUGUAGGAAAUACACCUCCAUGGCUUCAGAAGGCUUUGGAAAGAAUUAUCAUACGUGUUCCAUUUCCAGGAGCCAAAGAAACUCAAUUGAUACAGUCUUUAGAAUUAACAGGUAUAAAGAUCGAUUUCUCUAUAAAAGGUGACCCACUUAUUUCAGCAGACGCAGUAGCUAUGUUGAAGAAGCCUGAGGAAAUGCAAUUUCAUAUGGAUGUCACUCAAAUUGAACCCCAUGUGUUUUUGUACCUUGAUCAAAGUUCAGAAAAACCUUUCGCUACUGUUCAGCCUAAUCAACCAUGUCCUGCUACGACAGAAGAAGGCAAUGGGAUUGAUUUACCUCUUCAAACAAUGCGUGUGAAGUCGAAGCUUGUGCGUGCUCCUUUCAAAGUGCUACCAGGCGGCCAGAAAGAUUUUGAAGCGUUUCUUAACCGAGUAUUUUAUGGAAAGAAAAGCAAAAUUUAUAUUCGAGGUACAUCAGAUGCUACUGUGGAUAGUGACUUUGGGCAUUUGAAUAUCAAAGACCUUGAGUUCAAUGGGGAAAUUGAAACUAAGGGACUACGAGGUAUGCAGCAUCCGCCUCCUCAAAUCAACUCAAUCACAAUUACGAAAGGCCAUAUUGAUGCUUUACAGGUUCAGACAGAAUUGAGUAUUCAUAGUCCUGCUGAUGUUGACGUCAAUUUGGGUGAACUGAAUAUGGCUUUGUUGUAUGAGGGUCAUGUGAUUGGCAAUACAAGUAUCCCUGAAUUGAAGUUGUCACCAGGAUUAUCGAACAAACUUCUUGUGUCUGCUUGGCUGUUUGGAGAUAAUGACUAUGUUACUGAUUUCAUUGGAAACUAUAUUUCCAAAGGCACAAACUUAAGCGAUAAUAAUGUCACUCUUACCAUAUCAGGUCAACAUAGCAAUGCCACAAGAUCCGUAUUUCUAAAGGAGUUCUUAAAGCACAUCAAUUUUAAUGUACAGGCGCCACCGUUUGAUAAAGAACCCUUGUUAGCUGACUGUCAGAUGUAUAUAUUGUCCUCAACAGUUAUCAUGAGUUUACGUAAUCCGUUUAACGACAUAGAAAUGGCCAUCAACAAAAUCAAUGCCUCAGCCACUUACGAAGAGUAUGAAGUGGGAACAAUAAAUGCAAACUUCGAAGAUCGUGGGGAAGGUUGGAAAAACGGGCCCAUGAAGUUGCCACCUCCAUCCUGUGAUAACUCAGAAAAACAUUGCACAGGUGUGGUCGUAAAUUCAGAAAAGAUACCCAUCGCCACAAAAAAGCUUGGAUACGAGGCUAUCAAAAAGGCUUUAGGCGGGUCUAUUGACGUAUCUGUCGCAAGCGAGGUUUCCGUUAUGAUUGAUAAGUUCAAGUUGAAUAAUCUACGAUACCAUCAGAGCAAUAUCACUGCUAAGGUCAGGAAAGGAUUCUAG